UUCCUCUAACUCUUCUAUCUCCUUCUCCACCUCUUCAUCUUCCUCGACCGCUAGUGCCUCCGCCCCUCCGCCACCCCCGGCGCUCGGGUGGUAAAGUUAGUGUACGCGCACGUCGCGGCGGUGCAGUAGAAUUACGGCGGGUCGCCGGCUGCCAUCUUGGAGCUCGCUCGCUCGCUUUCGGGGAAGCCGGCCGCCCGCGGGUAGGAUAAUUACAACGUCCACGCGCCCCAGCUCGCGUCGCAGCCGGCUCCAGUUAAGGCCGACUACGUUCGUGAGGUGUGCCAGAAUCGCGGGAACGAGGACAAGCCUAUCUGCGGUCAGCACAACCCUCCAACACGGCCAAAAUUCAAGCCCGGAAUGCGUUAGGUUUACUGGUCUAUUCUUAUUUUGGUAGUCGGAAAAGAAGGAAAAACAUAUUGUUUAGAGGACAGCGUGUUUUUUCAUUACAAGACCAAGGCAGUUUGGUAAAGAAUAGUGAAGUAACAAAUUGUAAUCAUCACUUUUUUGAAAGAAUGGCAGUUCCAACAAGAUCAAGAGUGUAUACAGAUGUUAAUUCACACAAACCCAGAGAAUACUGGGAUUAUGAGUCAUAUGUUGUCAAUUGGGGUCAACAAGAUGACUAUCAGUUAAUAAGAAAACUGGGCCGUGGCAAAUACAGUGAAGUGUUUGAGGCUGUUAAUAUUGGAAGCUCUGAAAAAUGUGUUGUUAAAAUAUUAAAGCCAGUUAAAAAGAAGAAGAUAAAGAGGGAAAUUAAAAUCUUAGAAAAUCUUAGGGGAGGGACCAAUAUUAUAACACUUCAAGCUGUAGUUAAAGAUCCAGUUUCUAGGACACCAGCAUUAAUAUUUGAACAUGUUAAUAACACAGAUUUUAAGCAGCUAUACCAGACAUUAACGGAUUAUGAUAUAAGAUACUACCUCUAUGAGUUAUUAAAGGCAUUAGAAUAUUGCCAUAGUAUGGGUAUUAUGCACAGAGAUGUGAAACCGCACAAUGUUAUGAUCGAUCACGAAAAUCGAAAGUUGCGAUUAAUUGAUUGGGGUUUGGCGGAAUUUUAUCAUCCAGGUCAAGACUACAAUGUACGUGUUGCGUCGCGUUACUUCAAAGGGCCAGAGCUCCUAGUAGAUUAUCAGAUGUAUGAUUAUUCUUUGGAUAUGUGGUCAUUGGGCUGUAUGUUUGCAAGCAUGAUAUUCAGGAAAGAACCUUUCUUCCAUGGCCACGACAAUUACGAUCAGCUCGUAAGGAUUGCCAAAGUUCUGGGUACACAAGAACUUUUUGAGUACCUAGACAAAUACCAUAUCGAGCUUGAUCCUCGCUUCAACGAUAUACUGGGUAGACACUCGCGCAAGCGUUGGGAACGCUUUGUCAAUCCAGAAAAUCAGCAUCUUGUUUCCCCGGAAAGCCUAGAUUUCCUUGAUAAACUUCUUCGUUACGAUCACUACGAGAGACUAACCGCGCGCGAUGCCAUGGACCAUCCAUAUUUUAGCCCAAUUGUAAAGGACCAAGCCCGAAAGGCCUUGAUGUCGUCGUCACCUACUCCCAUGACAGGCUCAUUGCCUGUAGGUGAGUAGCGGCCCAGGUAUCUUAGUUGAUAUAUGAGAGAAAUAUUAAAGAAGCGCCUGAGUGAAAUGAAGCUGAUGUGCAUUGACUCUAUUUAUUUUAUAGAAAUUGAGUAUUUUUCGAGACUUAUAGAAGUCAUUAAAAAACUAUUCAAAAAGUUACUAAUUUUGACAUAUAUAUUUUUUAUUUUUUGU